UUAACUUACCAUGUUUAUAAAGGGAAAAAAACAUAUGGCUAACCCUUGAAUAAAAAGAUAUGGUAGCCAUGCAAUUUCACAUUUUAUCUCUCUAAAAUUCAAUUAACCGUUCAAUUUUCUUGCAUUUCUUUACAAUUUAGGAUGUUGACGUCAAGCCUGUUUGCUUAAUUUAUUAAUUUUUUUCUUUAUUUGAAUUUUAAAAACAUAAACUAGUACAAGUUAUGUUUUACUGCUGGGGAAAGAAUAAACUCAAAACAAUAAAAAUAUUUAGACUGCUUACACGUAGAAUAAAUGUUAGAACAUAUUUGAAAAGAUAUCUACAUUGUUCAAAGCUUAAUUAACAGUAAAAAGGAAAUCAAAGUUGAAAAAAUGAAAUCAUAUUUAAAUGUGUUUAUAAUGAAGAUGAUAAUUAUAGCUGUGCUUUGUUUCGUUGUGUUAUUUGGAACUUUUAAACUUGGAACAAACUUCCCAGUUUUAAUUAGUUAUCGUAAUGAUGGAUUUGAUCUAAAUGAUCUUAGAGCUCAAAUGGAUAUUGAAAUAUUAAGAAAAUACUGGCUGAUUCCUCCGAGUGUCAACAUUGAACCAAACAUGAAUGAUCAUGAUUUUUCUCAAGUUGGCCAAUCAAAAGUUGUCGAUAAAAUCCUAAAUGGAAAAACAAAUGGAAUAUACAUUGAAUGUGGCGCAUCAGAUGGACAUAUAUCAAAUACGGAAUAUUUUGAAAAUUACCGCAACUGGAUUGGUUUACUAGUAGAACCGACGCCUGAGUUUGAAGGGAUUUUAAAACACGACAGAAAUGCCUGGCUUCUAAAUGCAUGUAUUGGUAUUAAUCAACAAAUUCAACAAAGCAUAAUCCAGCUUGGACCAAUGAAUUGGGGAUGGUCAGGUCUACAGGACGCAAUAUUACCACGUAACAUUAAAAAAGCAAAAGAGAAUAAAACAUCAAAAAUCAUCGUACAAUGUUUUCCAUUUUCGACAAUACUAAAAGCCCUGAAUUGGACAACUAUAGACUAUUUUUCAUUAGAUGUAGAGGGCGCUGAAGAAGCUAUACUAGAGACGAUUCCGUUUGAUGAUGUCCAUAUAAGGGUAUUUACAAUAGAAUUUUCAGGGUCAGGUAGUAAACAAGAAGACGCUUUUAAGUUGGAUAGAAUGCGGCAAUUUUUCACCCAGCGUAAUUACACAGAGUGGGGUGUACUUGGCAAGGACGGUAGUUUCCCUCUUGGACUUGAUGUUGUAUUUCAUAAGCUGUAAUAUUGUAUUUUAUAACAUAUCAUGUUGUAUUUUAUUCUUUUUCUUUUAUUCUUUAUUCCUACCCACACUUGUGAGUAUAAAAUAGUACAUAUACAUACAAUGAUAAUACAGUUUAGUUUAAUUCACUACCACCAAUAAUCUUCAUCAAUUUACUUAAUUGCACAGAAUAUUUAAUAUUUGACAACAAACUUUUAAAUUUUAACAUAUUUGGUUGUCUAAUGAAGUAGCUAUCAAGGAGUGUUAGUCUCUCAUCUUCAAAAAGUUUACAUUCUAAAAUAUAAUGGUAUUCAUCUCCUAGUCUGUUGCAUUUGGUACACAAUCUCUCUAACCUUGGUCUUUUUAUGUAUCUCCCUG